GCUGGGCGCGCGAUUCAGCGGCGCAGUGUGUUUGGGGCGGUGCGGGCCGGAGCGAUGCGCGGCGGGCAGGGCUCGGAGCGGGCGCGGGUGCUGCGGUUCACCAACUGCCUGGUCCUGCGGAAAGGGAAGCUGCUCAGGGAGGACCUGUGGGUGCGGGGAGGCCGCAUCCUGGACCCCGAAAAGCUCUUUUUCGAGGAGCGGCGCUUGGCCGACGAGCAGCGGGACUGCGGCGGCUGUAUCGUGGCGCCCGGCUUCAUCGACGUGCAGAUAAACGGGGGAUUCGGUGUGGACUUCUCCCAAGCCACGGAGGAUGUGGGUUCGGGUGUCGAUCUGGUGGCCCGAAGGAUACUCGCGCACGGAGUCACCUCCUUCUGCCCCACUCUGGUCACUUCGCCUCCUGAGGUCUACCAUAAGGUCCUGCCUCAGAUCCCCAUCAAGAGCGGUGGGCCAUGCGGGGCUGGGGUCCUUGGGGUGCACCUGGAGGGCCCAUUCAUCAGCCGGGAGAAGCGGGGCGCACACCCCGAGGCACACCUACGCUCCUUUGAGGCUGGUGCCUUUCCCGACGUGCUGGCGGCCUACGGGCAGCUGGACAACGUGCGCAUCGUGACGCUGGCUCCAGAGCUGGGCCGCAGCCAGGAGGUGAUCCAGGCACUGACCCAGCGCGGUAUCCGCGUGUCACUAGGGCACUCGGUGGCUAACCUGCGGGUGGCCGAGGAAGCUGUGCAGAACGGGGCCACCUUCAUUACACACCUCUUCAAUGCCAUGUUGCCAUUCCACCACCGUGACCCGGGCAUCGUGGGGCUCCUGACCAGUGACCAAUUGCCCCCCAACCGCUGCAUCUUCUAUGGGAUGAUCGCUGAUGGCAUCCAUACCAACCCAGCCGCCCUGCGCAUCGCCCACCGGGCCCAUCCUGAGGGGCUGGUGCUGGUCACUGAUGCCGUCCCUGCUCUGGGCCUGGGCAAUGGCCGCCACACUCUGGGGCAGCAGGUGGUGGAGGUGGAUGGGCUGACAGCCUACGUGGCAGGUACGAAGACGCUGAGUGGAAGCAUCGCCCCCAUGGACGUGUGCGUCCGGCACUUCCGGCAGGCCACUGGCUGCAAUGUGGAGUCAGCCCUGGAAGCUGCGUCCCUGCACCCUGCCCGGCUGCUGGGCCUGGAGAAGCACAAGGGGACCCUGGAUUUUGGCGCUGAUGCAGAUUUUGUGGUGCUGGACGACUCACUUCACGUCAGGGCCACCUACAUCUCGGGUGAGCUGGUGUGGCAGGCGGAGGCGGCCCAGCCAUGAAUGCAUAGCCAAGAGGACCCUGCCUGUGAGGAGCUGGUCUCUAGGCCUGGCCCUGACUGAAGUGUGGCUCUCAAUAAAUGUGUGCCCACGGGACUCCACACAAUUAGUGGG